GGAACGGGAAAAAAUGUGGCACAGACGUAGAUCCUUUUUCAAACCAAAGAGGUGCACAAUUAUAUUCUUUAGCCUACUAUUGAUUUUUAUAUGGGUCAAUCAUUCUAAUCGCGAUGAUGAUGCCGGUGGACCGGUUCCUGACGCCAUAGAGAGGCCCUCCCUAUCUCGGUCGGAGCGAUUGUAUCAGCUGGCCAAACAGGAGCACUUGAAGGAUCGGCAGUACCACAUGUUGAAGGCGGAGAAGGACCGAACGUUCGUCGACACGUCUCGAGGAUACGAUACCACCACCGCUAUUGAUGUCGACUUCCUGGAAAACCGAAAUCCAAAGAUGACAGCCAAGCCGGCAAGCCGUUACUUUGUAUAUAGCCAAAAGUGCAAGAUGCCCUAUGCAGAUCCCUUCUCCAGCGAAGCCCUCUCUGUCUUCACUCCAGCUAAACUGAAGACCUGCACGAAUGAGUCGGAUCUGAUUACGCUGAGCUUCGAUCGAAAUCUACAAAAGUACAAGAUACAUGUGAAUUCCCAGGUACUUAUCGGCCUCGCGCCGGACGUCAGUGACCUAAAAUGCAGCUAUCAAGAGGUGACCCACGGUCGAAAUGUUACCGGAAAGUUCUAUAGUAUUCUUCAGCAACCUGUCGACAUCACACCGGAUAUGCCUCUCGACAAGAAUAUGAAUGGAAUUAUAACCGAGUGCCAUGAUGAAAAGAACCCGUCGAGAAUCAUUCAGAAGGAUGCCUUUCCCCUCGUGCAGGUGGUCAACCAGACAUCCCGGACUGGGUCGCAUCCAGUGGAUAUACAGCCCAGCGUCAUUAUGCUGGGCCUGGACACCAUGUCGCGGAUGAACUUUAGGCGCACCAUGCCACGGACGGCCGAAUUUGUGCGAAAGUUGGGCUGGUUCGAGCUGGAGGGCUACAACAAAGUAGCGGACAACACGUAUCCAAAUCUCUGCACUGUUUUGGCUGGUGGCACGCCAGAGGAACUGAAGAAAAUCUGUUCAUUUUCUUACGCUGAAGACCAGGAUUCGUGUCCAUGGAUAUGGAGGGAUUACAAGAAAGCAGGCUACUCGACGGCAUAUGGCGAAGAUAUACUACAGUUCGGCGUCUUUAUUGGGCAAAAUAAGGGCUUUCUUGAAGUGCCAACUGACUUUUAUCUGCGCCCUCUUCUGAUGGGUCUAACUCAAUCGAUGCGCAUCUUCAGAAGAUUUGGCUACGACUAUUGUUUGGGUCGACGAAUAACCGUCUCGUAUUUGUAUGACUUCUGCAUGCAGUUUGCGCAACGAUUUAUCGAGGAGUUAGAGCAACCAGCCUUCGGUUUCUUCUGGAGCUGCACUUUCACCCACGACUAUCAUUUCGGAGCUUCCAGUUUGGAUAGCUUAUUCAGAGACUACCUAAAGAAACUUGAGACACAUCAGGUCUUUGAGAAAUCCAUCGUGAUACUGUUCAGCGAUCACGGCGACGGAUCUGGUGAUCUCGCCGCACUGUCCGACGGGUUUCUGGAGGAACGUUUGCCCAUGCUGCACAUCUAUUUGCCCCCCUGGUUCCGCAAAACAUAUCCUAAGUAUGCUGAAUCCCUUCUUCUUAACCGCAACCGCCUCUCGUCUCCCUACGAUCUCCACAAUACGCUGCGGCACAUUCUGCAGCUGAAUGCAUCGACCUCUGAUCAACUUCCUCCGCUGACAAAUUGCCCCACCAGUCAAUCUCUUUUGCACACAUUGCCACGGGAACGCAGCUGCAAGGAUGCCUGCAUUGGAGAUCACUUCUGUUCCUGCAACGAAUUCAUAGCCGUUAGGCUCAACGGAGACGCAUACAACAUAGUCAAACUGACGCUGUAUUAUAUCAAUCGUUGGAUGAUACUGCACCAUUUCAAUAGACACUGCGAUCGGCUGGUCCUUGAGGAACUGGACAAUGCCGAGAGGAAGCUGCUUGGGGUGGAUAAUGACAAGGAGACCUUGUACGGGACCAUUAUGAUUUAUCGUUUGCGCUUUCAUACCUAUCCAUCUGGGGGUCGCUUUGAGGCCACGGUACGCUAUCACAGUGAACUCGAUACUUUGGUUGACUUCGAUAUAGGAGAUGUGAGUCGCUUGAACAGAUAUCACAACGAUUCGCUCUGCAUCAAGGAUAAAAUUGCCAAAAAGUUCUGCUUCUGCUUUAAAGAUGGAGUCAGCAAACCCGAAUGGCAGAGGAUGAUAAUAAAUUUUGACCAACAAAUUACAAAAGAAUCUGGUAAAUUACGAAUCUAAUCAAUGUUCCGGCCAAAUAAAUGUGACAAUUUCAUCAGUUGA